AUGGAUUUUCCUCAUCCAAAUGAACUUUUCUUAUUAGAACAUAAUUAUGCAUUACCCCGCUUGGAAAAUGUUGAAGAUGUUGAGCAUGCUGAAAGGCAAAGACAACAUCAUCUUGAAAUUGUACGACGAAGGAGGGCCAAUGAAUCUUUGCAACAGGCCCAACAGCGUAGAGCAGCAGAUGCUCUACGCCAAAAUGCAAGACGAGCAGUAGAAAAUGUUGCAGAUGCAAAUGCACGACAGCAUGCUGAAGCACAACGUCAUCGUGCGAAUAGAGAAAAUGAAUUACCUCAACAAGCUGCAGUAAGACGCAGGGCAGAUGUUUUGCGUCAUCGAGUAGCUAGGGCUCCACGUUUACUAAAUUUAGCUAGGAUUAACAAUGUUUUACCUCCUACACAUUCUGCAGGUGAGUUUAAUAUAGUAUGUCAGCAUUGUGGAGCUAUUAAAUUUAAUAAUGAAAAUCAUUUUAAGUGUUGUCACAAUGGCAAAGUGGCCCUGCGUGCCAUAUUACAAUUUCCUGCUGAAAUACGUGAAUUGUUAAGCAACGACUCUGCCCAAGCUAAACAGUUUCGUAAGUAUAUCAGAGUAUACAAUAAUGCUUUUAGUUUUGCUUCUUUGUCAGCAAACAUUCGACCACCGCCAGGUCGUGGACCACCCUGUUUUAGAAUAUGUGCUCAAUUAUUUCACAGGUAUGGUGCUUUAUUACCUGCUCAGAAUGAACUACCUAAUUUUAGCCAAUUGUAUAUUAUAGAAGCUGCAGCUGCCUUAAACAUGCGUAUUGAGAAUCCAACACAUGCUCAUUGUAAUUGCGAAACAAUGCAGAUAAUUCAAGAUGUUCUUAACAGGGAUUCUCCAUAUGCUGCAGCUUAUAGCAAUAUGGCUGAAGUGGAACGUGAAGAAACAGCCAGAGCAGCUGUGGAAAACAGACAGCCUUCUGUUGUAAGUAUGGUAAUGCGAGAGGGUAAUGAUCGCAGAAGGUAUAAUGCCCCCUUGCAUCAGGAAGUUGCUGCCAUCUUUGUUGGUAAUGAUGGUGCACCUCCUGCUGCAAGAGAUAUUGUUGUUUAUCCACGUAAUCAACCUUUGCGACAAAUCCCUUAUACAUCAUGCAAUAUUGAUCCUAUGAUGAGAGAAUUCUCUGCCCUUCAUCUAGCAGGUAAAUUGUUUCAGCAGUUUUUAGUAGAUGCAUAUGUUAAAGUUGAAGGUCAACGGCUUGCAUUUAUUCGCCUAAAUCAAAACCAGCUUCGAGCAGAGUCCUACCAAGGACUUCUGGAUUACUUCCAAAAUGCUGCAGAUCAACGUAACUUACAAGCAGGUAAUGUUGUUGUCUUGCCUUCCACCUUUUCUGGCUCACCCCGUAACAUGCAUCAGUUGUACCUUGAUGCAAUGGCUUUGGUUUCAAAGAAGGGUAAGCCAGAUUUGUUCUUGACUUUUACUUGCAAUCCAAAAUGGCCAGAAAUUGUUACUAAUUUGUUACCUGGUCAAUCUGCUUCUGAUAGACCAGAUUUAGUUGCAAGGGUGUUUAAAUUAAAAUUACUUGCUUUGAAAAAAGAUUUAAAAGACGGUGUAAGGUGUUCUGUGUGCACAUCAAGUUACUGUUUACCUCUUGAAAGGUAUGUGGGAUGUACUGCAACAAGUUAUUGUGUACCUCUUGAAAGGUAUGUGUGUUGCGUUUCAGGCAAAUUACUGAGUACCUCUUUGAAGUACACUAAAAUUAAUGUUCCUACCUUUUUCAAAACUAAGAUAAUAGAUGUUUCAAGCUGUCUUGAAAUAGUGCCUCUUUCAAUUUUACCCUUCCAGUAA